AUGGAAUACUUUGAUUUCGAAGGCGCCUCGUCGGCCCACGAGUCGAAUCACUGUAGCGAUGUCGCUUCGGUUGAUCUCGAAUUUGAUGAUCCCGAAGAGCGGGCCGCCAAUUUCGACUCAUUGCUUGAAGACCCGUCGCUGGCCUUUCCUGAUGACUGUCCUAUCCCGGAGGCCGCCGACCAGUACAUCGAUGAUGCUGUCGGCCCCGAUCAGGAUACCGGAGUCUACCCCAUGUUCCGAGCGCAGGAGCCUUGUGACUUUUGCCGACGAAUGGGCCUCGACUGUUUUAUUGCCAAACGAGGAGUGAUGCAGAAUGGUUGCACCUGCUGCAUCUCCCUCUACCGUGAAUGCAGCUUCACCCAUGCCAAAGUCCCGGGCAAAUUUCUUCAAACAUUGCAUCCUGUGUCAGAGAAUGCUUACAUCCCGACCGGCAGUCUGACCGGGAAGAGAGCAUUGAAGUCUGUUUCCUAUGGGGCCUUUGGUGACGAGUCUGACUCGCGCUCCCGGAAGAACAGCAGCAGUCGGUUCCCUCGCAAGGCCGUCAAUAUUCUGAAAAAUUGGCUACGCGAUCACAACGAGAAUCCCUAUCCCACCGAGACGGAGAAGGAUGAAUUGAAGCAGAAUACCGGCUUGUCACGUAUUCAAAUCUCCAACUGGCUGGCCAAUGCUCGUCGGCGCGGCAAAGUGCGCCCAUCUUCUGGCACUCAGUCGCCCAUCCCUGGAGCAGUCGAUAUUCCCGGUUCAAACCCGCACCCCAAGGAUCCUGCGCUCAUGACCCCUCUUGAACGUUGGAAGUACUCCCCUCCAGAGAACGAACCGGCCACGAUCAGUGAUAUUAACCGUGCCUUGGCCAAUCCACCCUUCGAACCUCCGCGCCAACGCCCGACCCCAUCCGGUCACGUGAGGCCCCGUCGCCCCGGGUCCAGCACCAAUGAGUCAAGCCACGCAAGCUCAGAACAUAAAAGAUAUAGUGCCUCGGCCAGUAGCGUGGAUACUAGUCGGUCAUCUAUUUCUGACCUCUCUUUUGCUUCUGCAUUCUCCCAUAGAUCCUCCCUUUCCUUCGGCUCAAUGGAUCGUAAAGAACGCCGUCGCCGUCGAAAAGCAUCAUUGCCUGUCAAUACUUUCAACCAUCAGAAGGCUAAGGCCGUUCGUCCUUUCCAAUGUACUUUCUGCACUGAUUCCUUCACGGCGAAAUAUGAUUGGCAACGCCAUGAAAAAUCAAUGCAUCUCAUACUAGAGAAGUGGACCUGUUCCCCUCACGGGGGAGUCACCGAGGAGAAUGGUAUACUUCGCUGUGUCUUCUGCCCAGCCACUAAUCCUGAUAGAGAGCACUUGGAAACCCACAACUAUAUCAAUUGUCAAGAGAAGUCGCCCCAUGAAAGGACCUUCUAUCGCAAAGAUCAUCUCAAUCAGCACCUUCGCCUGAUGCACAAUACCAAAUUCCAACCCUGUAUGGAGAAAUGGCAAAGUAGCAUCACCGAAAUUACAUCUCGAUGUGGAUUCUGUUUUUCCGUGUUGCACACUUGGAAAGAUCGAGUCGACCAUCUUGCUGGACACUUCAAAAAUGGUGCCAGCAUGGCUCAAUGGCAAGGUGAUUGGGGUUUCGAGCCUUGGAUCCAAGAGCGCGUCGAAAAUGCCAUCCCCCCGUAUCUCAUUGACUAUGAGUGGAGAUCUCUCGACCCUUGGUCUACUGCUCAGGCUCAAGGGGAUGAAACAUCCCCGCAGCUGAAUGUACCCGAUGAUGCCAAUUGCUAUCUUCGCCUCUCACGUGAACUUACUGCAUACAUUCACAAGCAUACUGCCCAAGGGAUCAUCCCGACAGACGAAAUGCUGCAGGCAGAAGCUCGUCGAGUGAUCUACGGUUGCGAUGAUCCUUGGAAUCAGACUUGUGCCGAUAAUCCUCUUUGGUUGGCUAUCUUGAAACGAGAGACCAGAAUUGCGUCGACAGUGAACAACGAUACCAUUCAAUUCUCGGAUCUUGGACUGCAACCCCCUUUCGCCGUCCAAGGUGGUCUGCGUCACCCGCCCCGAGAAACCAACAUUCUGGCUAGAACGGUCUGUCCUGGCGCGCUUCCUAGUCCCGCAGUCUCUAGCCCCGGUUUACGAAGCCCCGCCUACCCCGAAACUGGUUUCUCAUCUGCUGCGGCCAGUCGCCCCGGGAGUCUAUCUGGAAGUUAUGCUGGUAGUUCGGGGAUGGUCUCCGCCGGGGUGCCUGCGUUCGCCUCUGAUUGGAGCAGUAGUUUUGCGGGCCCAGCCUCGUCAUCAUCUGCACCUGCACCAGGAGGAGCACCUGAUCCUCUCGUGCAGAUGGGGUUCGAUCCGGAAUUCCUGCAACGCCUCAACGACAGUUACAGUGAUCUCACACCACCCGAAAUGGACAACGUUUCUUUGGAUGUAUCGGUUGGGUAUGAAGGAAAGGGGAAGCAGGUGUGGUUGGAUCCAACGUCGCAGGCUCAGCCGGUAUUGGGAGUGCCUCUUCCAGUGCCAUUGGCUGGGAUUAGUUCGCAAGAGGACUGUCCUCCUGCGUCAGAUGCUGCCCAAUCUGGGCUACGUGCAUUUCACGAUGAUUCUGGGCGUUUCUGA